CGGGGAGCGCGGCGGGGCCCACGCGCGGCCGGCGCCCACCAUGCUGCCGCCUCAGCUCUGCUGGCUGCCGCUGCUGGCCGGGCUGCUGCCGCCGGCGCCCGCGCAGAAGUUCUCGGCGCUCACGUUCCUGAGAGUGGAUCAAGACAAAGGCAGAGACUGCAGCAUGGACUGCACGGGCUCCCAGCAGCGGCCGCUGUGCGCAUCCGACGGGAGGACCUUCCUGUCCCGCUGUGAGUUCCAGCGCGCCAAGUGCAAGGACCCCCAGCUAGAGAUCGCCUACCGCGGGAACUGCAAAGAUGUGUCCAGGUGUGUGGCAGAGAGGAAAUACACCCAGGAGCAAGCCCGGAAGGAGUUCCAGCAGGUGUUCAUCCCCGAGUGCAGUGAUGACGGCACCUAUAGCCAGGUCCAGUGCCACAGCUACACAGGGUAUUGCUGGUGUGUCACACCCAACGGAAGGCCCAUCAGCGGCACCGCUGUGGCCCACAAGACGCCCAGAUGCCCGGGUUCUGUAAAUGAAAAAUUACCCCAACGGGAAGGCACAGGAAAAGCAGUCUCCUUGCAAAUCUUUUCCGUUCUGAAUUCAGAUGAUGCCGCAGCCCCAGCGUUGGAGACUCAGCCUCAAGGAGACGAAGAAGACAUCGCGUCUCGGUACCCAACACUUUGGACAGAGCAAGUGAAAAGUCGGCAGAACAAGACCAAUAAAAAUUCAGCAUCCUCCUGUGACCAGGAGCAGCAGUCGGCCCUAGAGGAGGCCAAGCACCCCAAGAACGACAACGUGGUGAUCCCGGAGUGCGCCCACGGCGGCCUCUACAAGCCAGUGCAGUGCCACCCGUCCACCGGCUACUGCUGGUGCGUGCUGGUGGACACGGGGCGGCCCAUCCCCGGCACCUCCACCAGGUACGAGCAGCCCAAGUGUGACAGCACAGCCCGGGCACACCCAGCCAGGGCCAGGGACGCGUACAAAGGCCGGCAGCUGCAGGGCUGUCCUGGUGCCAAAAAGCACGAGUUUCUGACGAGCAUCCUGGAUGCGCUGUCCACAGACAUGGUCCACGCGGUCUCGGACCCAUCCACCUCCUCCAGCCGGCUCUCGGAACCAGACCCCAGCCACACCCUGGAAGAGCGCGUGGUGCACUGGUACUUCAAGCUACUCGAUAAAAACUCCAGCGGAGACAUCGGGAAGAAAGAAAUCAAGCCUUUCAAGAGAUUCCUUCGGAAGAAAUCCAAGCCCAAGAAAUGUGUGAAGAAGUUUGUUGAGUAUUGCGAUGUGAACAACGACAAGGCCAUCUCUGUGCACGAGCUCAUGGGCUGCCUGGGCGCCUCCAAGGAGGAAGGUAAGGCAGGCACCAGGAAGCGCCACACCCCCAGAGCCAACGCCGACAGUGCUUCCAAUAGACAGCCCCGGAAGCAAGGGUGAAUGGCGUGCCUACCCCUGGCAGUUUCUAGACAUGUGAGACUCUCCCUCACCAAAGCGCAAUUAAAGAUAAGAACCAAAACACAUAGUAUUUGCACUUUGUACUUUACAUGUAAAUUCACCCUGUAGAAAGGAGAUAUUUAAACGGACCGUUUUAAUCUGUGACGCGGAGGCUGGCGUUGGCAACGCCGUGGCGUGCAGCGUCGUGUCUGUUCUCGGCUGUGGACGUGGACGGGCCGCCGGGCGCGGAGCGUCUGUGCCUCGGUUCUUGGUCUGCGCAGAGGGUGCGGAAGGCGCCGGCGGCACUCGGGCCACCCCUGCCUCUCUGCAGCCCUCCGGUGCCCAGCACUGUUGGCCCACGUGCGGGGUUGCUGUCUCCGAGGCGUCGGUGCCGGCCCUGGAUACACGCCGCAGCCUGUCCCUGGGGUCUUGUGUUGCCUGGUCGGGUUUCAGAAUCUGGCUCACGCCCCCAGUCACGUGUGGCAAAGUUUGCCGUCACGGCCUGUGCUGUCAGAAGCUUGCAGCCCACAGAGCCCCGCUCCAAAGCACAGGCCUGGUUCCAGCCACCAGCCCUGCCCACCAGCUCAGCUCCGUGUCGGCCUGCUCCUCUCUUCCACAUGGCUGACCCAGGCUCCUGUGGCCCCGCGCCAGGCCCCGUGGAAGGGAAGACCACCCCACACAGACCACAAACAGGCUCCGGCUGAAGGCACAGCAGGCUAUGUGGAGGGGGCGGACCGGCUGCAGGCGUGAACACCCACCGCCCAUGGUUGCGGCUCCCCUCUUUCCUAACGCCUCAGGGGAGAGGAGGCAUGCUGAGGGUGUCCUGAUGGUCCAGCGAGAGGGGACCGGGAGCUGGAUGCCCACCCUGGGGGCAGUGGGCAGUCCUUCACGUGUGGCCAGAGCUGCCUCCAGACCUGAGCAGUGGUCAGUCCUGGCCUGCUGGCCCCGAGGGCCUGUGUGGAGCAUGGGCGGGAGCUGGAGCAGCCCGUGAAGCCUCAGCUCAGACUCUGGCAGACCGUCCUUCCUGGCCUGCGUCUCCCGCCAGUUAUGAACGCUGGUGUCUAGUUGUGUGUGCAGAUAGUUCAUGAGCCUUUUGCUUGUUUAAGCUACGCAACGGUUAAACACAUGCCAGCAUUGUCUAGGUAACUCUUACCAUCCUAAAUGUUUUGGAUAAUCUUUUAUAUUUUUGAACUUCAAAUUUAAUCGUUUUUCUUAGAUUAAAAUAUGCUAUCAAAAGUG